AUGGCAGCGCCGCAACAGCGCAAGGUCGAGCUCCAGUCUCCGGCGGAUUUCACCUACCUCUACGCCAACACGGUUGCGCUCUCGCGCCAGAAACUCGACCAGGCCCUACCCCCUUCCGCGACAAACAAUGACGAACCCGAUCCGAUGCGCGAACGCGUGCAGGAAUUGGUGGACGAGUACAUAAAUCGCACCUUCACAACAGCCUCCGCCUCAAUCAGCAUCAACGGGAUCGACUCUUCGUCCUCCCAGUUCCCUUUCCCGGCUGCAUUCACCGCGCCAGAGACCAUCGAGUAUGAGGCGUACGACUCGGAACUAGCCUCGCGCGUUACAUCUCUCUAUGCACAACUGGAAUCGCUCACCACGACCGUUGCCCAGCUACGACGGGACGCGCCGCGACGGGCUGCGAGGGAUUAUGCGGCACAGCUGACGCAGUUGUUGAAUGAGGAGGACGAGGAUCUCGACAAAGAGCUCGAUGAUCAGGAUGAGGCAGAUGCUGGUCAAAACGGCAUGGACGUGGAAACAGAGUCUGGCUCUACGAAACGACCCUCUCGCCGACGGCCAGAUCCUACGUGGAAGCUGGAUAUUCCGCUUGGUACGGAGGAAGAGACGGAGCGUUGGUGGAGCGGCGAUAUGGCAGAUGUGUAUGAGGAUGCGUUGCGGACAUUGCAGCGGCUGCAAGGCGAGGGCGAAGAUGUCGAGGCUGGCGAGGGCAAUGCGUUGGCCACGACGGUUGGCAAGGCUGAAAGGGCUGGAAGGGCUGCCGAAGUGGUUGAGAGUAUGUGA